CGCAUUCCGAAUCGGUAUAAUUUAUUUAUUUCUUAUUUCAAUCGAAUAAUAAGAAUAAACAUACUUUAUUCGUUCUGCCGAUGAAAUAUUUUGAUAUUAUUUCGCUUAGUUUGUGUUUAUUCUGAAUUGUUAUAAUUGUUUUUGUUCUCGUUAAAUCGGAGUGUAGCAUAUUGGAUGAUAACGAACAAAAAAGAAUACGACGAAAGAAAAAAUAAGAAAAACAAUACAGUCGACGUUCUGUAUAUAACUAUGAUUUAGUGUAGUAAGUGUAUUGAAAAGAGUGCAUGGAUUGCACAAAUAUAACACUCCUUUCAUCAUGCUUCGUCUUCGCUUCACAUACACAGUACAUGUUGAUUUAGUGGGCUAUGCAUAACGGCAUCAGUACUAUAUUAUUUUCAAACCGAACAAAGAAAAUCAUUUAAAGACAAAAUGGAGGAUGGGAGGAAUAAUAAAAAACAAAAUCGACCAUUUGGUCAGAAAAGACAAAAUAAUUUUCGCAAUGGAGACAAUAAUGGGAAAAAUAAAAAGAAAGAAUUCACAGAACCUGCCGGCCCAAGUGGUGGAGGAAAUCAAAAUAAUCGAAAAAAGAAUAAUGAAGCCAAACACCCGAUUGGCUACAAAACACUGGAAACCGUGCUUGAAAAAGUUGAGAACGAUGCCGAGUUUAUAUUGAAAUUAUCGUCCAAGAUGAACGGAUUUCUACUUUUGCUCGACCAACAACCAAUUCGUCCGGAUUUUAUGUGUCUUGUUUUGGCGGCUCUUGCCAGAGCAUCGAAAAGUUCCACCGAACAAGACACGAUUCAAUUGCUUGUCCAUUUUUAUAUGGAAAUAAUUCCAAAAUUAAACAGCAAGUCGAAUUUUUAUUCGGUGCUCAAGCUAUACAUUUCAGAUUUUGAUAAAAAUCUUGCCAUUCAUUCGCCAUGGCGUCAAAAACACGUUGAAGCCAUUCAAAAUUUGUUAAUAUUUUUGCGUCGACUCCAAUUGACACUAUAUCAAAAAUCAUUUGAUGCUGUGCGCGAUCUAAUGCAAAACAUAACUGCGCAAAUUGAAUUUUUAAAUCGAAAAGGAAACGCAUUGAAUGAAUUCAUCGUUGACAUGAUGAACCAAUUAAAUGAUUCAGUAGAGAAUUUCGAGCAAAUGAAAGAAGAAACAGAAAAAAUUGAAGUUUUGAGGGAACCACCGGAAGAAUUUCGAAAAAUCGGAAUUUACCCGGGCACCUUCGAUAUAUUAAGCAAUCAUGAACCAUUCAUUCGCAAGAAUGUCAUUGACGGGAAAUAUUCGGGUGGCGUUGAGCACUAUUUGGACGUUCAAUUUCGUUUAUUGCGCGAAGACUUUGUUCGUCCAUUGCGCAAUGGUAUCACUGAAUAUCGGAGCCUUAAGGACAAACCAAAAGAAAAGGCUGCAGCGAAGUUUCGCAUCAACGAUUUGAACAUCUAUCAAAAUGUUCAAAUUUAUGGCUCGAAAAUGUUACACAGCGAUCAAGUGUAUUUCUGUAAAUUUGAUUGCACGCCAUUCAAAAAUUUACGAUGGCAGUUUAAUAAACGAAUGAUGUCCGGAUCGCUGGUAUGUCUUUCGCAAGACGAUUUUGAAACGUUCUUUUUCGCCACGGUGGGCGGAGCUGGGCCACGCAAUCCCGAGAAAUUGGCAAAAGGUGAAUUUCAAAUAAAACUUGAAAUCGAAAGUUCAGAAAUGCCAGAAAUAACACCACUAAUCAAUUAUGUAAUGGUGGAAUCGCAAGUGUACUUCGAGGCCUAUCGUCACAAUUUAAAAGUGCUGCAAUCAUUUGGAAAAGACAAUUUUCCCCUAGAAAAAUACAUCGUUAAUGUCGAUAAAGUCAUCUCACCUCCGUCAUAUUUAACCAAAGAUUCUGUCUAUCUAAUUUCAAACGGUUUGCCCGAAACAGAUCCCGAAAGAAAACUGUCGCCAAUUGACAUGCUGAGCAAUCAACAAUGGCCGCCGCGUGAAGAUUUUAAAUUGGACGAAUCUCAGUAUGAAGCGUUCAAGGCGGCAUUAACAAAACAAAUGGUUGUAAUUCAAGGGCCGCCUGGUACAGGUAAAACAUACAUUGGGUUGCGCAUUGUCGAAGUUUUGCUUGCCAACACUUUGCAAUGGCCUAUAUUGAUUGUUUGUUACACGAAUCAUGCACUGGAUCAAUUUCUCGAAGGUAUUCUGAAAUUUUGCGACACCAACGUUGGACAGGAAUUGGUUCGCAUUGGCGGAAAAUCACAAUGCGAAGCUUUGGAGAAAUUUAAUUUGUCCAGUAUCAAGUCCAACAUGAAAUCAAAACGUGAAGUACCCGGGUACAUUCACCAAGGCCGCCGCGAGAGCAGUUUUCAAUUGCAAGCAAUUCAAGCGAAUAUUACAUAUCUUGAAAAACAAAUGGAACACUUAACUGACAGUGUACUUGGAGAUGAGCUCCAAGAAGUAAUAAAGAACCUUAAUCGGAAACAUUAUGACCAAUUACGUAUUCUAGCAAAUGGACGUAGUUUUAACGAAGGAAUAUUGAAUUGGCUUGGCUACGUUGUGAAAACGGAUACUGAUGACCAAGAAAACAAUGUAAAUAAUAUAAAUAACGAUGAUGAGAUUGACGAUGAAUUAAUACAGGAAGUUUUUGACGAGGAAGUGGAAGAAUUGGAUGAAGAAGAUGUAAGAGCAAUGGAAGAACAGCGGUUCAUUGAAGAGAGUUCCGAUGAACAGGAUGAAUUCGAUGAUGAUGAUGCCGCGCAAGUUCCGUUCCAAGAUUUUCAUGCACCAAUAAAUCUCAAUAAUAUCGUUUUGAUGGAUAAUGAAGACGCCGAUGGCUUCCAACUCGUUAAAAAUAGGCGAAAAACGCUUAAGCGACAAAUUAAACAAGAAAUUAAGAAAUCGGAAACAAUGUUGGAGGAACAUGCCAUAGCAGUUGCAGAUAUCAAUACACUCUUCCCAAACAGUCGCUGGAACCUGUAUAGAUUAUGGAGAAAGUUGUAUAUGCAGACGUUUGAAAAACAAAUUAAAGUUCAUCGUGAUGCAUACCGAACGGAAUGUCUUCGUUUCAAUGGUCUAAGAAACCAAGAAGACAUUGAAAUUGUGAAAAAAGCCAAAAUUAUUGGCAUGACAACGACUGGAGCAGCCAAAUAUCGUCAUAUCAUUGAUGGAACGAAACCAAAAAUAACUAUUGUCGAAGAAGCGGCCGAAGUGCUCGAGGCACACAUCGUAACUGCGCUUUGCAAGCAAACAGAUCACCUUAUUUUGAUCGGAGACCACCUUCAACUCCGUCCGAAUCCAGCAGUCUUUGAACUGGCUAAGAAAUUUAAUUUGGAAAUUUCGUUGUUUGAACGAUUAAUAAAAAACCAAAUGGAAUACUACCAGCUGAAGCAGCAACAUCGAAUGCGACCGUGUAUUUCAUCACUACUGGUGCCGCACAUAUACAAGCAAUUGCUCGAUCAUCCUUCCGUAGAAAAGUACGAAGAUGUAAAAGGCAUUUCCAAGAAUAUGUUUUUCAUAAAUCAUUGCAAAAACGAAGCGUCCAUGCAAGAAACUCGUAGUCACCUGAAUGUCCACGAGGCCGAAUUUAUCGUUGAGCUCUGUCGGUAUACAAUUCUCCAAGGAUACGAGACAUCCCAAGUAACUAUACUAACGACAUACUCUGGUCAAUUACAUGAAAUUCGAAAGCUGAUGCGUGCUCAACACUUACUGCGAGGUAUUCGGGCGGCCGUCGUAGACAAUUAUCAAGGAGAAGAGUGCGAUAUUAUUUUGUUGUCUUUUGUUCGGAGCAACGAAGAAGGUAACAUUGGAUUUUUAAAGGAUUCGCAUCGAGUCAAUGUUGCUCUCUCUCGAGCACGAAAAGGACUUUAUUGUAUCGGCAACUUUGAUUGUUUGGCCGAGAAAAGUUCACUAUGGAAAAAACUGUUGACAGAUUUGACAACACAAGAUGCGAUCGGCAAUGCAUUGGAAAUCUACUGCCAAAAUCAUACCGACUACAAGAAUUUGGUGAAUUCUAAAAAGGAUUUCGAUGCGGUACCAGAAGGCGGUUGCAAGCUACCGUGCGGUUAUCGUUUGCCCUGUGGUCAUUCUUGUGCAAGCGUAUGCCACAUUAUUGACGUAGAACACAUCGAUAAAUACAAAAUUUGUCACAAAGAUUGCGACAAAAUCAUUUGUGAACGAGAUCACCGAUGCCAGAAAAAAUGCCACUACGGAAAAGAAUGUGGAGCAUGCAGCAAAAUGGUUGAAAAGUUGCGAGUUGAAUGUCAACACUUGGUUCGAGUUUCAUGUUCGAGUGAUCCAUCAUUGGCUCAUUGUUUCAAUCCAUGUCAAAAGUCCCGCAUUUGUGGUCAUAAGUGUAAGAGUCUUUGCGGCGUAUUCUGUGAGUCAACACCUUGCAAAGAAUUGGUACAGCAAAAGUCCCCAUGUGGGCACACAGUAACCAUCAAGUGCUGUGAUGCCAAUAUUAGUUCCAGAUUAUUGAAUGCAUGCACUUCACCAUGCGGAGUCGAAUUGAUGUGUGGCCAUUUGUGCAGAGGUUCCUGUGGUCGAUGCAAAUUCGGAAGACUACACAUAAGUUGCCAGAAGAAAUGUACCAGCAUAUUGAUUUGCGGUCAUCCAUGUCCAGACAACUGUUCCGUCGACUGCGCACCAUGUAGACAAAAAUGUACCAAUAAAUGUGUGCAUUCACAGUGUGCGUUCCGUUGCGGAGAUCCAUGUCCACCGUGUAUGGAAAAGUGCAAUUGGCGUUGCGAACACUUGCAAUGUUCUAAGCUCUGCUCUGAACCAUGUGAUCGCGAAUUAUGCGAACAUCCAAAUACGAAAUUGAUUAGAAAAUGCCAACAUCAGUCAAUUGGCGUUUGCGGUGAGAAAAUACCACGAUUGUGCCGAAUUUGCGACAAAGAUGAAGUUGAAGAAAUAUUUUUUGGAGACGAAGAUGAAGAAGAUGCUCGAUUCAUUGAAUUAGAAGAUUGCAAACAUGUCAUCGAAGUAAAAGGAUUGAUUCUUUGGAUGAAAGCAGAGCCCGAAUCAGUCGAAACCAAUUCAAAUAACAACAACAACAACAACCAAAACAGCAUUCAACUUAAGAAGUGUCCCAAAUGCAAAACUAUUAUCCGUAACACCAAAUCCCUGAACACUUUUAUUCAGGCUAGUCUGAGAGAUAUUGCCGCCGUGAAGCUCAAGACAUGUGGUGACCGAAUGUUAAACAUCAUUACUCAACAUACUUUAUUUGAACGAGUUGAGCACAUUUUGAAGGAAGAAAAAUUUGGCGAAAAGUUACACGCAACGAUGCGCUUUAUUUACCAAGAAAUUCAAAAUAAAACGAAAUUAAAAGAACACGAGUUUGCAAAACCAAAACAAACGUUGGUAGAGCUCGAAAACAAAUUUGAUUUGGUCGAAAGACUUAAAAGGAUUGCUUUGGCGUUCGAAGGAAGACAAAAAUUGCAACAAAAUAUCACCACCGAAGUGAUUGAGAAAUUCGAAAGACGCCUGCAAAUGGUUGCAUCAUUUAUAAGGGAAUUCAAAAAUUGCAAUCAGCAACGUGCUGACGUGACAACUGAAUUAACAAUGCUUGAAUUGAUGAGUGAUGUGAUUAUUAAGGCAAGUACUCAACCAUUUAAUGACACGGGGAAAAAAUUGUUGGAAGAUGCAUUUGAGUUCGCCAAUAAAUAUGGCACUGCCACGGAAAGUGUUCGAAAAGAAUUUAGAGAGAUGGUGCGUGAGGCGAGCAAACAUUUUUCCGGUAUUGGAAUUUCGGUGGAAGAAAAGGAAAUGAUUUUAAAAGCAAUGGGUCUCUCACGUGGACAUUGGUACAAGUGUCAGAAUGGUCAUGUCUAUGCUAUUGGUGAGUGCGGUGGUGCCAUGCAGAGAAGCAAAUGCCCUGAAUGUGGACAGGGAAUUGGUGGCACAAGUCACACGUUGGAUAGAGGUAAUGCUGUAGCUACCGAAAUGGAUGGCGCAAUACGUCCCGCGUGGCCUCAAUAAACUAACGGAGACAUUUUUGAUGACUCCUAUUAGUUAAAUGAUGAUUCAACCAUUUAUAUUUUGUUGCUACUUAUUACGUUCGUUCCCAAAUUAUUAAUUUUGGUUUUGAUCAAAAUCGUAAUUAAUUAUAUUA